GAUGCUAUUGGACCCCCUGGACUCGUUACUACCGCAGUGCGGGCACCUGUCACCAAAGAGCGUGAAUACUGCAUCGAUACCGACAAAGCUAUCGAGAGACCGUACGUCGGGAGGGCUACGUAUGCGCCCAGCGUUGAUCAGCCCAAUGGCUCGCAAGCCCACUCGAAAAAGCACCAAGAAUAUACCGUUAUGCAGCAACAUAUAUUGUUCUGGGAUAGAGAUGCCGAUGGCGAGAUUUGGCCCCUGGACACAUACAGAGGAUUCCGCGACUUGGGAUUCAACAUGCUUUUCUCCUUUCUCACAAUCUUCAUCGUCAAUCUAAGCUUUACGCUCCCGACCAGCUUGGAGAGGUCGUUUUUUCCGGAUCCUUUCUUCCGCGUCUUUAUUCCGCACAUCCAUAAGGGCAAGCAUGGAUCCGACACUGGGAUUUACGAUAACGAAGGGCGGUUCGUACCGUCACGCUUUGAAGAUUUGUUCGCCAGGUAUGCGAAGCGCUCGAAGGAGAAUCCGGACGUGCUUGCCAAUUCGUUGUCCCUCUUAGAAGUCUUUGAACUGAUGAAGGGUCAACGCUGCGCUGUCGACCCGUUUGGUUGGUCUGCUGCUAUGUUUGAGUGGGUCACUGCGUGGUUGCUGUUGCAGCAGGGUGGGAGAGUGGACAAGGAGGAUCUGAGGAGGUUGUACGAUGGAUCUAUCUUCUUUGAGAUUAGCGAGGCGAGGCAAUCGAAGGAGGGAUGGAACAAGGGGUGGGGAAUGGGUGGGGAUGGGUUCAUAGGGGGUGAGAGGGUAUUGCCGUUUGGUUUAUAGAUUAAUAGUUGGUGUAUGGAUCGUUGUACGCCCUUCUGCCAGUAAUGUAAAGAUACUUUUAAGAUAAUAUAAAUGAUUAUUGUCGUCCAUUGCGUUGCCAGCAAACUAGAUCGACUACUCUCCUGUAACUGCAUGUUUGUAGAGCUGUUGGCUGAAAUGAACUUGUUGCCCCAUUCGAAUACUCCUUCAAGGAAUCACGGUUCUAUGGACCUACACCUUCGAAAAUUCAUUUCCGUUAUCUCAAGCUCCAUAUGUCC